AUGAAGCGCUAUACGUGCGGCCGCCCACGACAAUACCAUCACAAAGACCCAAUAUUUGGGCUAGACCUGUACAGAAAGACUGUGGCGACCAAAGCUAAAGGCGACUAUAGGAAUACGCUUCAAGGCUUCUUUCACCGCUACGGAAAGACAUUUGAAACCCACGUCUUCGGUCAAACCGUAAUCUACACCUCUGACGUAGAGAAUAUCCAAGCUAUCAAUACAACGGAGUUCGAGAACUUCGGCGUUGAAGGUAUCAGGAAGCAAGCCAAUGCAAGCUGGAUUGGAGAGGGAGUUUUUGUUUCUGAUGGCGAGAUUUGGAAACACGCGAGGAAGAUUGUUAUGCCGAUUUUUGCGCGGAAGCAGAUAGCGGACUUGAAAAGGUUUGGGGAGCAUCUAGAGAGGAUGAUGGAACUUGUGCCGGGGAAUGGGGAGACGGUGGAUUUGAGGCCGCUUUUGAGGAGGCUGUUUCUCGACACAUCCACAGACUUUCUGUUCGCCGAAUCUGCCGAUACUCUACUUCCCCAUUCCUCCAAACUAGACGCUGAGAAGUUCCUCGCCUCCUUCGACCGAGCAAUGCUAGGCGUAGACCGACGUAUGUCGCUUCGGGGUCUAAGCUUCCUAUGGGGUCGCGUUACAAGAGAUCGAGAGUGGAAAGAGGCAUGUGCAGAAACCCACGCCGUCGUCGAUAGAUAUAUCGAGCGCGCUCUAUCCAAAAAAUGCGACAGCGAGGCAACUUCCUCACCGCAACAGAGCUAUGACACGGCCCAUGCCGAUAGUACUAUCCCAGCGGAUCAGAAACAGCCGGUCUCGUUCCUACAUGAGCUGGUCAAGGAGACAAAUGACCGCCAGUUCAUCCGCGACCAAAUAAUCAGUCUCUUCUUUCCCGCCCGGGAUGCAAACGCCAUCGCAAUCAGCGACCUCUUCUUCCAGCUGGCCCGAAAUCCACGCGUCUGGGCUAAGUUACGUGUCGAGGUCCUCAGUCACGACGAACCGAUCACGUUUGAGAGUCUGAAGAGUAUGAAAUAUCUCCAAGCUGUCCUGAAUGAAAGUAAGCAAAGUACCCAGGUCAAACACCAGUCCACCAUCCUUUAA